GCUUUUUUGACAGCUUUUGAACGAGCUGUGGAUGCCCACAAUGUGGACCAGAAAGACUGGGCAGCAAUGCUAGCUUCACAACUAACUGGGAAGGCUCUCAAAGCUUAUGCUGCAAUGGCAAACGCAGACUCUAAGGAUUAUAUGAAGGUUAAAGUGACAUUAAUGAAGAAACCCACAGACAACGAUUUUGCUCAGCCAACAUAAAAAGAACAGAGACACCGUUGGAGAUGCUGACACCGAUUACAGACCUUGCAGAUAAGUGGUUGGUGUCAUGCACAACUAGGGAGAAAGUUAUUGACUGUGUUAUAUUGGAGCAGUUUGUGAAUGUGUUACCAGAAGAAGCAAGGACAUGGGUCAAAGAGCGUAAACCGAGUUCAAGCAAGGAAGCAGGUCAGUUCGCGGAAAACUUUCGACAAGCAAGAAUGGACAAGUGGGAGGCAGCAAUUGGGAGGAAGGUUGAGGAGAAAAGAUGUCACAAUUGUAAGAAGGUGGGUCACCUGGCUAAGGAUUGCUGCCAAUUGAAAGAUGUAGACAAGAAUAGCAAAGAAGAUAAAGACAAACCUAGAUUACAUGCUACAAUUGUAAAGCCAGAGGACAUAUAGCAAAGAACUGCCCAAAAGCAAUGUUUUGUGGUUUACGAGAGGAGUCGUUAAAUC